UAUGCGCGUCGGCGGCGGCGUCGCGUGAGUCUUGUGUAAACGCAGCUGUUUCGCGUCGGCGGCGUCGCGUGAGUUGUUUUAACGAGUUGUUCGCUCGGUGGCGCCGCGUCUGUCCGGUUCCACGAGCGCUGCAGCUCUGAAUCUUGGCUACUGCUGCAGAGAGUGAUUGGAUUCGACUCGCGCCGCGUCGACGGCGUCGCACAGCCUCGCAGACGCGUGGUAUUACACCGCCUUUGCAAUAGCUAUGACGCUCGAGCAGUAAGCUUAUUUUUAUCUUUGCCAGGCCUCCCCAGUCCAAAAAACCAGCCCGAGCGAGCGGCGCUAUAGCAGUUCUGCGCAGCCAGACGCUGCCUAAAGACUCCCGAUAAUUGCGUGGAACCGUCUGCUUCACGUCGUCAGGCGCGCGAGCCCUGCACUCCCUGCAAAAGAAAAGUGGGUACAGCUCAAGCAAGCAAUGCAAUACCUCCAGCGCAGCCGCCCGCACGAGUACGCCGGCGUGCGCGGCCCCCGGCCGCGGCCGCCCUGGCGCGAGCUGCAGCGACGGGACCCGAUCCAGUUCUUCCGGCUCCAGGCGAGCCGGGCCUUCGCCAUUUCACACAGCGCCCGGGACGUGGGCCGCACCGUGCGGUCGUCGAAGCGCAAGUUUGAUUGGAGGUUUAGCUUGGGGCCCCGCGGGUCAGAAAAAGUCGUGGAGCUGUACAUUUCGGUCGUGAGCGGCAAGCGGUUGCUCAUGUAUGAUGGUGUUGAAAUCCUGAACAUCACGUCCUCAAAGGACAAGCUCCACCACGAGUGGCGUAUUGACGGCGCCCACACGUGUAAGCUGGCGGCGGUCUACGACAGCUUCGAGCUGUCGAUUGAUACGGUCCCGUUCCACCAGCUGCCGCAGCGCCAGACGUGCACCGCGGCCGAGGCCGACCGGCUGGACGCUCGUAGUAGCGAGACGGCGCAGCGCAUGGCCGCCGCCGCGACCACCCCGCCGCCACCAACGGAAGAGGACCUCGAGCAGCUCGCGAAAUGCGUUAUGUACGCCGACGCGCGGUGCACACGCGAAAACGCCCUCAAGUUCCUCGCGAAACGCAAUUUCGACCCCGAGCAGGCGGCGCAAGCCUACACGGCGAUGCGCGACGCCACGCCGGACCAGUUGGGGGAGGACGCCUUCGUCGAGGAGGGCGACCGGAGCGACUCGCCGAUCAAGCAGAUCUCGGCGCCGCCACCUAUCCCGCCGCGGUCGCCGGAGCUGCAACCGCGGCCCCUCGUCGCGCGCGGCGGCACCGUGACGCUCGCCGACGGGACCGUCAUCCACUCGUCGAUGGCGCCCGCGCUGCCGCCUCGUUCUACCUUGCCGCCCGUGCCGUCGGCGUCGGGCGACCUGCUGGGUUUUUCGUGAUCUCAGUGGUGUUUAUAAUUUUGCUAUUAUGUCCUCCAUGUUCAUUGUCAGGCUUACAGAGGUUUACGUUCGUGCGAGGCGGGGAGCGGGGGAGCGA